AUGUCCCAAGCCGCACAGACCCCCGUCGACAUCACCACGCUGUCCGUGCAGCAACUCUCGGCGCUGCAGGCGCGGCUGUCGCAGGAACUCGAGCACCUGAGCACGUCGUACCAGAGGCUGCGGGCAGCGCAGGCGCGCUUCCGGGACUGCAUCACGAGCAUCAAGGACGGCGUGCAGGGGAGGAGUGCAGAAACACCGCUUCUCAUCCCUCUCACAGCGUCGCUCUACGUCCCCGGCACGUUGGCGGGACCGAAACAGAUCACGUCGUCAUCCUCACCCUCUCAACCGCCCAAAGCCCCCACGGUCAUGGUCGACGUGGGCACGGGCUUCUUUGUCGAAAAAACCCCAACGGACGCCACCAAGUUCUACCAGGGCAAGGUCGAAGAGCUGGCCAAGAACCUCCAGGACAUCGAGAAGGUCGUGGGCGGCAAGACCGAGAGCCUGCGCAUCAUCGAGGACGCCCUGCGCCGCAAGAUGGUCGAGGAACAGCCCAUGCAGUUCGGCGCUGGUGGGCAACAAGGGGCGGCGGCGGCAGCAGCAGUAGCAAGCGGGAGCGGGUCGAAGGGAGCCGGGUAA